AAAAACCUGAGAAUUUAAAGGAAUUUUUCUUUGUAAUAUUACCAAAAUUUCGUGAAGAAAUGUUGAAAUUGGUUAUCAACUCUCUAAAAACUCCACAAAUGAUGGAUUAUGAAGUAAUAAUGAUCUUAAACAAAUCUCCUAGGGUAAUUUUUCCUGAAGUUAAUAACGUAAUUCCAUAUGCUCCACAUAUUAUUAAUCAAUCCAAGGAUAUCAGAAGGACAUUAAAAAAAUAUAUUGCCAUUCAUUGGAGAAUGGAAGAAGGUGAUCCAGAUUUGAUGCCAAAAUGUGCAGAGAGACUAAUUAAAAAAGUUAAAGCGGUUAAAAAAAAGCACAAAAUUAAAAAUGUUUACCUUGCAACUGAUUUUCCAAUUAACGGUGGUGAAGCUCAAUCACGAACUUUUCAUAAAAUUUCUGAUUCUCAUAAAAAAGCUAUUGAAAUACUUGGAUUAAAUCUUGAUAGUUCGGCAAAGAAUAAUUCCAAUCUUCGUCAAGAUCGUCAAGAUCAGAUAAUAUUUAAUACAUGGGUCUCGAUGAAUGGUUUCUCACUUAUUAGAAAUGAUUCAAAAUACGAAUCGGAAUUUAAUGGUGCUGGUAUACACGGAAUACUUGAUAAACUAGUUUGUAUAGAUGCAAAUUAUUUCUUAAGUGGUCCAAUAGGUUGUGCUAGGUUGGAUAGUUCUUUCACGAGAGCUAUCCGUGCAAAAAGAAAAUUGUUGAGGCAUACUAAACGUCGUGAUAUGUUUAAUUUAGUUGCUACUUGGUGA